AUGGGGGUGAAUGUUAUGAUCCGCAUGAUCUUUGUCCGUAAUUGUUGGAACGCUGAAGAAGCAGUGAUCAAGAAGUGUAGUCUUUAUUGUGGCUGUGCAUCCCCCUCACCACUGAUGGCCACUACUGAUGGCGCUAAGUUUGGACAAGCUAAAUUGGUGGCUUGGUAGGUAGAGAAGUUCGGAAAAGACCUCGGAGUGGUACGUUUGGGUUGGUGCCUCGGUUGCUGGAUAGAUUGCGCCCGGGUGUAUAUUGGUCUGGUACGUUAA